AUGUAAUAAAAAUAAAAACAAGAAGAAACCUUAGAUUCAUUAAAGCAUUUAUAAUUAGACGGCAGAAAAAGGCGUUUAACAAUUUCUUUAAAAAUUGUCAAAUUUUCAGUUUUAAAAUAAGAAAAUAGAGUAGUUUAUUCCGGAACUGCCGGGGAUUCUUAUGGGACAAUCGAAUUUAGAUUUAUUCAAUAAUAAGGAUAAGAUGAAGGAUAUUAGAAUAUAUUUAAAGUCGGAAGCGUAACUUAAUUCGUGAAUUUCUUUUUGAAAAUAUUUAUCGAUAAACACACUAUUGAAGGUGAUGAAUUUUCUAAUGUCGUUUUGUCAUAAGAUUAAGAUAUAUAAACAGUCGGAAACAUUGAUGUAUCAUCUAUUAGAUUUGAUACAUUCACAAGAAAAAAUUAUGUGACAAUAAAUAAACUUUCUCCAAAUGAAUAAGGACAAACAUUUGUUUCAAAAGUUUAUAAUUUAUAAUAAGAGGAAAAUACAUUAAAAGGAACUUUAUUUGAUUAAACUGGAAAAGUUAAUUUUGAAAUAAAUAAAUAAGAUAAAAAUUUAAAAUAACAUAAGAUAAAUGAAAUUAAAGAAGGAGUAGUUAUUGUUUUAAAGAAUGUCUUAGGUUAAUUAAACUAAGACGGAUAAUAUUAUUUAGCCUUAAACUAAAAUAGUGAUUUGAGUAUAAUAGACACAUCAAAAGAAGAAAAUAAGAAUAAAUUUGACUUCAAUGUAUCUAACAUAUCCUAACUUUAAAACAUGAGUGAAUAAAAGCAUAAUAAAGAGGAAUUUGAUAAAAAUAAAUAAUAAAAUACCAGAGUUUAAAAUAACAGAAGAUUUAAUAACAAUAAUAAUAGAAGAAAUCAGAAUAAUAGAAAGAACUUUAAUAAUUAAAGAAAUCAAAGAGUACCUGGUUCUGGAUACAAUUAAUAAAGAUCAAAUUCCGGAAUUGUAUAAAACCUCAAUAAUAACUAAAACAUGAGAAAUAAUGAUAAUAAUAGACAAAAUACUAGAGAUAAAGUAAAGAACUACAACUAAAAGAAUCAAUAAAAUGAAAUAAACUAAAGAGCCUAUUAAAGAGAUAAUAACAAUAACAACUAAAAAAGAUAUAAUAAUAAUAAUAAUAGAAAUUAUAAUAAUUAAACUGAAAGAAGAGACAAUAAUAAUAGAUAUCAAAAUAGCCGUGGUGGUAAUUAAUAUAGGGAUAACUACAAUAGAGAAGAUAACUACAAUAGAGAAGAUAACUACAAUAGAGGAGAUAACUACAAUAGAGGAGAUAACUACAAUAGAGGAGAUUACUAUAGCAGAAAUGAUAAUUACAGAAAUAACUACAACAAUCGUAAUAAUAACAUGAAUAAUAACAGAAGAAAUAAUAAUUAAAGAUAUAAUAACUAAAGAGAUAACUCUAAUUAAAAAGAUAAUGAUUAUUCUUAAAUUACUAACAUUUUUGAUUUAAAACCUGGUUUUAAUCGUUAAAAUAUAGUUGGAUAAGUUUUCGUAUUAAAUGUAGAAACUAAAGACGCUGGAACUUUCUUGAGGGGAAGAAUUGGAGACUAAAGUGCCAAUAUUAAAUUCGAUAUUAAACAAAAUAACAAUAAUGUUAUUAAAGUUAAUGAUAUUGUUAAAUUAGAUAAUAUCUAAAAUAGAGUUGAUAAAUAAGGAUAUCACUAUGUAACUAUUAGUAGAUUUGGAAAUUACCAUAUUCUUGACACUUCAUUAUAAUAAUAUUCUUAGUAUAACCUUAAAAAUGUUAACAAAGGAGAUGAUGAAAAUAGUAAUUUAUCUUCUUUUGAAUACGUUAAAUAAGUUAUUUAAAGUAAUUGAAAAAAAGAAUGAAUUUUUUGAAUUUUUUGAAAUUUUUUUUUUUUUUUUUUUUUUAUUAUAAACAAAAGAAAUUAAUAUUAAAAAUAUUAAUAGAAAUAAUUAUUUAUUUUAUUU